GUUCGGAAGGACAAGUCUCAUACGCGAUUUCGCUCAAUUAUAAAUUCUCACCUCCUGCUGGUCUUCUACUCUGCUUCAAGAGAAAAAGAGAUAGAUAGGAAAACGGCAAAGAAGGACGAGAUUGAUCACUUCUGCUCCGUCUAACGUCGAAGGCUUCCAAGUUCAAGAGAAAGAAGGAUGUCGCUUCGUAUUGUAAUGUUUUUGACGGUCAUCUUGAUGAUUUCUCUCGCCUGGACAACGGCAUACCCGGUUGCUCAAAAGACAGUUGUAAAUGACAACGAUGAAACGACGGUCAUUGAAGUAAUGACGAGCUCGUAUCUCGUUGCAUAUAUGCUGGUCUACAGCACCGUUGUCGUACAUGCUGACCGGGAUCCUUUACCGGCAGACAUGGUAUACACUAACGAUAACUUUGCCGAAGAUACAGAGAGUGUGCUCCUAGUAAACAGAUUGAAGGAACUAAUGGAACGAAAACAAGAAAUAAUGGAACAGGAAAGAGAAUUGACAGAGGAGCAGCUAACGAUUCAGGCAAUGUUACAGGAAAAGGCAAGAGAUCAUCGUUUGCCUCAAAACGAUUAUUCACAAGAUGACGCAGAAAUACUUCCAGUACCAAGUGCGAUAGUGCAUCACGCACCGUUAGGCUCUAUGAAACGAACUAGCUAUUUGAGCCUCUGCCAUUUCAAGAUUUGCAACAUGGGACGCAAGAGGCAAAUGUAAAUCUAAUUACACCAUAGUAGUGGCGAAAAUCAUCGAACUCCUUUCUACUUGUGUCUCUCUUCUAUUAAUCUAUCUAUCUAUCUAACCAUCUAUUUUUCACAUUCUUGAUUUACGUCUAUUUUAUUUAUAUGUGUAUCUAUUUUUAAUCUAUCUACACCUAUGUUUUAUUUACGUCUAUAUUUAUUUUUAAUUUAUCUACAUCUAUACCUUCCUCUUUCUCAUGUGGUGCGUUGCUACACCAUCUUUUAAAAAAAAAAAAAAAAAUGAAACAGGUUUCGUUCCUUUUUUUUUGUUCUUUUUUGUUCUUUUACUAUUUUUUUUCAUUUUUUGUUUUUUUCUUAUUACAAAAGAAAAAAAAAGAUAAAAAAACAAAUACCAAAAAAGAAAACACAAAAUAAAAAAGAGAGGAAGACAAAAAAGCAACGAAUGGUAAAAAAAAAAAAACAAAGAGAGAAAGAAAAUUCAGGAAAUGUCCAAUAAACGAGAAAUGAAAUUGAGCGUAAUGGAAAUAAAAAUAAAUGGAUGAAGGAACAAAAAAAAAAAAAAAUUAAAAAAGAAGAAAAAAGACACUCUACCAAAAAAAUUGAAAAAAAGAAAAAAGAAGAAAAAAAAUUAAAAAAGAUUAAAAAAAGAAAACUAUAGCAACAACUAAAAAAUUUCGAACAAAUAGAUAUAUACUGUAGUGAAUAGCAUGUUCGAAAUAAUAUGUUCGAUGAAAUUCGCCUAGAUCUUGUUGUAAACAUUGUUGUGAAUAUGUAAUAAUAUGUAGUGCCGAAAAAAAUUCUCGGUUAUAACACAUACUAUGCGCUUUUAAUGAAAAAUAUUUUAUUAUUGUAAACGGAGGAAGGAUUUUAAAAAAGUAUUCACGUCGAUCGGAUAUUCUUUAACUGUUCAGGAAAAAAAAAAUAAAAGCUUGUUUCCUACAUACAAACACACACACAAAAAUAUAUAUAAGUGUGAUAAUAUAUCUUGAAAAGAAUAUAAAAUUUUGAACAUAUGUAACAAAUUACGUCAAUAGUAAAGAAUAAAGCCAACAAAGCAGAAUAUAUAAAAGAAGUUUUUCGAUAAUUCGGCCACCGAUUUGAAAUAUAGAUAUAAAAAAAAGAACAUAUAUUUAAAGAAAAACAUAAGAAAGAUAAAGAAAAGGAAACAAAAAAAAAAGUACUUAUAAUUAAUUCCUGAAGAGUGGAAUAUCCUCGACGUGCCCGUUCGACGAUUCGUGAAAAUGGUGAAAUGAACUUAUAUUUAUUGGUUAGCUUUUAAGUAAAAGAAGGGUGCAAAAGCCGCGAAAUUAAAAUUUAUAUUUAUUAUUGAUCUCUUUUUCUUUCUCAUUUUUUUAAUUUUCUAUAAACAAUCGGUAAAAUAGUGGAAAAAUGGAAAAAUGAAAGGAAAAAAAAAAAAGAAAGAAAAGGCAUCAAUAAAAUUGUCUCAAUAAUUUUUGUGCAUAUUAAGAAAAGAAUUUUAUACGAUAUCAGUACCCAACAUUACACGUAUGAUUAAAUUAAAAAAAAAUAACUUAAUAGUAUUCGAACACGAACUACUAUGUGUUUAUUCACAAUAGUAUUUUCUUUGGGUAUAUCAAAUAAACUGAAUAUCGAAUUAUUAUAAAUGUGACAAUAUUAAGUUUAACGGCAAGGAAAAAGAAAGAAGAAAAAAAGAAAACGGCUAUCUGCACCCUUCGUUAAAUUAUUUAUGAAUCAUUAUUAUUAUAUAAUUAUUCUUUGCUUCUUCAUGAUAGAAAAGAAAACAACGUUUGUCUAUGUGUCGUGUUA